ACAAAAUAUACAUUAGAAACAAAUAGAAUGUUCAAUGGACACAUUAGUAGCUUAUUUAAAACGGAGCCUGAGUGGAUCUCCAGACUUAUACUGUUUGAUAGAGAUGAUGGGGAAUUCAUGGAGGAGUGGUAUACACUUAUGGAUAACCUCUCCUUCCAGACAAUGACUUUCAUCAUCAAGCGCAGACAGCUGACCCUAC